UUUUAUAAGGAACACAAGUUUUAGUACUUAACCUUACUUCCAGCCCAAGUGCGACAUUUUUUAUUUGCAUCGCAAGAGUUUAAACAUAAAUUAUAUAUGGGGCACAUUCUACACAUAAAAGACGCGUUAGCAAAACUCAAUGUUUUGAUGAAGUGGGUGAGAAGGCUUGGUUGAGCCUAUUGAACAAAUAUAAUGCGGGUCACCUGACGCGUAGAUUGACACAGUGGGACUCGAUGAAUGCCUCGUCCGUCAAGCGCCAUGUUGUACCUGUAUUAGGCUUAUUACAGUGGGUCGCACCAGGUUUGAUUACGUUUUUGUAUGUUAUACGUAUCAUACCGUGGCACUGAUGAAGCUCCAAAGUUGGGCAGACGACUUAAACAAUUUAACAUUUUAACAUAUGUAACUUUUAGAAAUUUGACAGAAAGGAAGAGGCUAAGUGAAAUAGCGAAGGAUAGGACCUAACUUGUUGCUACUGUGCUCGUAUAUACAGGGCCUCGCUAGAUAUCCUUGUAGCUGUGCAUCAAGUUUACGGUCGCAAGUCGGACGAUGCAAGUGGUCUCCAGGCUGCUCAAAAACUGCUUAAACAGUUAAAUUUUUGUUGUAAAAUACUAAAGGAAUUUUGACACAAUGGGAAAAGGAGUGGAUCCACACCCAACAGACACUAAACUGAAGACGAAAUCGUCAUUUUUGAGAAGAGUCGCUGCGACGAAACCAUUGCGAAAUUUAAAAGCUACAUUUAACCAUUCACGACUAGACGAGUCACACGAUGCAACUGGCGGCGCACUAGAUAUAUCUGAGGAUAUAGAAAUAGAUUGUGAAUAUACACCAGCAAACAGUGACGAGAUAGUAGGAGAUAAGAAAAGUUCCACUGACGCGAGCCAUGAUCACAUAACUACAUUGGAAACGUCGCUGGAGUCAGAUUUGGAUAAAGAGGGUGAUACAAGUAUGGUUGAAAAACUGUUCUCUCUUUCUCUCACUGGGAAGAGAAAAUAUGGAAAACUAGAGGAGGGCAAUGCAAAAGAUGGUUCAAUUCCAGUUAAAAACAAAAAGGGGUGGAAAAGGAAAUCCAAAAAGAGAGUGAAAAAGCUUGGCAAGCGUAUGAAGCGGGUAGCCGUGUUGUCGUGGAAGGGUUUGGUCACGUCGUUCUCUACCAUGCCAUCGUUCUCUGCAUUUUUCCCAAAUAAUACAUCCUACACGACAAGUGCCUUCAGAAAAUAAUUCUCCAUGAAAUGAUCUCCAAAAAUUGCGCGCAUAUAUUUUGUAUAUUUAAAAGGAGCUUACUUAGAAUAAUGCGUACUUAACAUUGAUAAGCCAUUUAUAUUCCAUUGUGUCCCGCUCUGCUUGCGAAGCUUAAUUUGAUGUUUGAUCUCAAGUAAAUCUCUUCACAAAAGAGUAGAUAUACAUAAACGUAUACAGUAUGUAUAUAUAUACACACGACCGUAGGAC